AUGUUGUCUUUCCCUGGUCGGGUGAAAUUCCGAUCACUUCCAUCACAGGAAACAAUACCUCAAAAUGAUAUCCAUGAAGAUUUAGACUCGGAUAAUCCAUCUUCUUCCCACGAUUCACAGUCAAAAGAUCAUACUAUUGGUGUGACCUCGUAUGACGAAGCUCCACCGGCAACACCGCUCAAAAAUGGUUCCAGACGAUGGCUAGCACUGUGCAUAAGCCUCAUCGCAACCAUUCCUUUUUUCUGCCUUGUAUGGGCUGCGGUGGGAUUGAAAGACCGGAGGGUCGGUGAAAAUGGUUGGAAUUCAAUUCAGAUUGCGAUGAAAGUGGAAGUCACGCUGUUUCCAUUGGUGUUUGCUGCUAUUGUUGGGCGAUUGUCGCGCAAAUUGGCACAUCUAGAACUACAGCGGGGUGCGUCGGUUGGAACCUUACAGCGGCUCAUGGGUAGCACGACAGUUUUUGGAACAUUUUAUACUUCAUGGCUGCUGCGAUCAGUAGAUUUUAUGGGACUUGCACUCUUUCUUCUCUGGGCUCUCUCGCCGCUGGCUGCACAGGCAAGUCUUCGAAUCUUGUCUGCUUCCUAUGAAAAGACAUAUUCAUCUCCUCAAUUAAACUACUUGGAUUUCAAUGCAACGGCCGACACGACAGCCCUCGACAGCUGGAAGUGGAAAAAUGAUCCAGCCGAUGAAUUAUUUACGACAAGCCUUGUCACUUCGAAGUUCACGAAUGGAUCUACAACGGAUUUGUGGGGAAACGUCAAAGUACCACUACUCAACAAUCUGACCAACAAUUGGACAGAGAUUUCGGUAAACAACUCAGUCUACGCGUCCCAGCUCGGAGUGCCUAUAAUUGGACUUCUUGACAACGGCAACACAUCAACUGUAUUAGAGACUUCAUACAUCGACAUCAUAUGUCAUGAUCUUCACGGGGCGAACGAUAAAAACCAUUCAAUUGCAAACAUGCCAAGUAUGACUUAUGUGAACGGCACAAGAACAUCUGCCACAGUCAGCUGGAUGUCCUUGAACUUUCUAAAGGGCUGGGAAGGCGACAAUGCAUUGGAAUUUACAGAGGCUACAUGCUCCAUCGCGCUCAAAGCAAUCGAGAUCAACGUUACAUGUAGCAGAGAACUCGACUCAACAAGAAACCAGGGGGCUUGCGUGGCCAAUCAAGUCAAGUUAAUUGGACAAGAUAGCUCUGACCUCCCGGCCAUUUUCUCCACGCCCAUCAUAUUUGAAAACUUCACUCAGAGCAUUCUCAAAGCCGUUCCGCAAGCACAUGAGGCCUCAACGACAUUGCUUGACUCCUGGAUGGCAAACCCAAAUGAUGGUCCAACUCUGUAUGCGAACAUAAGUUUAUACGAGAUGGAACCCGAAUUAUUCUCACAGCGGCUCACGACACUGGUCAAUUCAUUUUAUAUGGCACGUCUAGGUUAUCAGUUCAUGACCCGGACAUCUUUCAAUGGACUCCAGCAAAGCAGUCAUGGAAACAGCACAUCGGUAAAGUCCGAAUUGGGACCAGUUCUCUUUAAGUCCAUCGUGGGCAAUGGCGUUGUGACGGAUUCGGAGCUGACUUUAAUUGCCAGCCCGGGAUGGAUCACUGCGUUGGUAUUGACAAUUUUUGUCAUGGUAGCUGCAUCUAUCAUUACUUUCUUUGUUGAAUCUGCAACUUUGAUCCCAGAUGUUCUCGGUUAUGUGUCAUCCUUAACUCGGGAUAAUCCUCAUAUUCCAUUGAAUGAUACUCCGACUAUGGUUGGUGGUCUGGAGAGGACUCGGCUUUUGGGCUCUAUUCGACUUCGCAUGGGUGAUGUUACCUCAAGUGAUGAGGUAGGGACUCUUCACGUGGGGAAAAUUUCGUCUACGGAACGUUCAAAGUCUUCUCGAAAGUAUCAAUGA